UCAGUGUUCUAGUCUUGUGAGUUAAUUGUUUAUUUCUCUGCAUGAAAAAUGUCUCCCAUGAAAAUAUCAUUGUUGUCUAUGUUCACUCUUUGCUUGUUAUCUGCACAGGCAGCAAAUUUUGAAAUUGUCAACCGAUGCUCUUACACUGUCUGGCCAGCUGGCAUUCCCAGAGGUGGUGGUAGGCAGUUGAAUUCAGGACAGUCAUAUGUCUUAGACAUUCCUGCUGGAACCUCAGGUCGAAUUUGGGGCCGAACUGGUUGCAGAUUCGAUGGCUCAGGCCGUGGUAGUUGUCAAACCGGUGACUGCGCUGGUGCCCUAAGUUGCUCUGUAUCUGGUAAACCCCCUACCACACUUGCUGAAUUCACUCUUAACGGUGGAAACAAUCAGGAUUACUUUGAUAUAUCUGUGAUUGAUGAUUUCAACAUUCCAAUGCAAUAUGGUCCAACCUCUAAUGGAUGCAACAAAGUGCGAACUUGUAGAGAAAAGUCUUGCCCAGAUGCUUAUCAGUAUCCCAGUGAUGAUACUAAAACAGUUUCAUGCCCAGGUGGUACCAACUACAGAAUUGCCUUCUGCCCUUGAAUCCAUGAUGUUAUAGUUGGUUUUCCAUAGCAAAUAAAAGAAAACCCGAGUAAAAUUUAGAAUAAUAAAUAUUGCUUAAUUUACUCGUGAAAUUAUAUAAAAUUUCUUGAGAUUGCGAUAUAUGAAAUAAAUGGUCUUUUGAUAUUAAUAAACUACU